AUGCUCAUAACAGCGAGAACGACAUUCCCUUUCGAUUCCGAACAAGCGGGUCUGGAAUUUUUCCACAACGAUGAACGGAUCAUUGUAGCCCUGUCGCGGGCGCGACAUGGCAUGCUCGUCAUUGCGGACUUCCCGCUACUGCUGAAAAACGACUUAUGGAGGCGAUAUUUGCGUGCUGCAGUGCAAACGACCCCAGUCGUACUUUCACAUUAUGUGGGCGCUAUGAUUGGGGAUGAACGAAGGGACUCCAAAGGAAUAUUAUUAUCGAGGGAUGGCACAUCAAUAGUGGCGCCGCUGCAGAUCAACCGUUACUGGCUGUAA